AUGAGUGAUGAGGUGUGGACCGCUCGUGUCAAACUCAGGGCCGCCAUGAAAGGAGAGAUGCCACGCUACCACGAGGUACUCGCGGGCAUGAUCCCUGUGCACGAGUUCUGGGGAAAGCAUGCCCAGAAAUUUUCGGAGUGGUGGACGCGGUUGCCGGCCGAGGAGGCACGACGAACUUUGAGCAUGCCGGUUGAUGAGGUGCCAGUCAUAUUUCAAGGGACAUAUGACCUUCGGGGAGCAUACUUUGUGGUGAUGAGUGCCGUAAACGACCAGCUACGAAACUUCGACAAAACAGGCAUCAAAGGCGACGGUCGGACCGCUGCCGAGCUUAGCUUUGAGGAAGGACUCAAAGUACACCGAGGCGCCUACCUCGGGGGCGCCUUCGUGAAGGACACCCAAGCCGAUCACUUUUUCGACAUGUGUCGGCAAGUCGGGGGGCCGAGGCUGCUGCCGUCUAAGCCUCGAGACCACGGAACCGCCACUUCAUCGAAAAAGGAAGUUUUGACAUCAUCAGCCGCGGACUCUGCCAACGAACGCGUCGACUUCGCAGAGAUCGGUUCGGCCGAAACGGAAGGGCAGAGCUUUCGGGCGGAUAGGCGUCUCAUUCGGCUGGUCGUAUUCCGCUACAUGUUCGACAAAGCAAUUCGCAAGUUCCAGGCAGACACACACGAAGAAGAGAAGGACGGAACAGGGCAACCGUCGAGUAGCUGA